CAAACAUGAUUCCCUACAAAAGAAGUCACCUGGUACAGCAUAUCUAUGUUGACACUAUAUAAAGCAGCAGGCUGGUGUUUUGCAUCAUUGACUGGUCAAAGGAUGAAUAUCUCUCAGUCCGAUAAGUGCUGCGCCUUCGAGUCGCCCAUCCUGGACCAGGUUUUGCCUCCGAUUCUGUUCUUGGAGUUCAUAUUUGGACUGUUAGGGAAUGUUUUCGCCCUGUGGAUGUUCAUCUUCCACAUGGACACGUGGAAGCCCAACUCCGUGUACCUGACUCACCUGGCUGUUGCGGACUCCAUUGUGCUGUUCUGCCUACCUUUCAGGGCCGACUACUACAGGCGUGGGAAGAACUGGCUCCACGGCGAUGUCCUGUGUCGCAUCCUGCUGUUCCUGCUGGCUGCCAACCGUGCGGCCGGGAUCUUCUUCCUCACGGCCGUGGCUGUCGACCGUUACCUGAAGAUCGUCCACCCUCGGAACAAGAUCAACCAAAUGGGCCUGGUCUACGCUCUCUUUGUCUCCCUCGGCCUCUGGGCUCUGAUUUUUCUCGCGACCGGGUAUCUCCUCGCCAACGAGCACUUCUUCUACAACAGCAACCGUACGCAGUGUGAGAGUUUCAACAUCUGCAUGGGCUUCAGUCCCCUCUCCACCUGGCACAACACUUUCUACGUCAUCCAGUUUUUCUUGCCCACCGUAAUCGUUGCUUUCUGCACCUUCAGAAUAACGUGGCAGCUGAGGGGCAGGACUCUGGACAAAAAGGGGAAAAUCAAACGCGCCGUUCAGUUUGUGAUGGCCGUGGCUUUGAUCUUCAUUACCUGCUUCUUUCCCAGCACCAUAUCGCGCAUAGCCGUCUGGGUCCUGAAGGUGUGGUAUGAUGAAUGCAGAUACUUCGAAGAGGCCAACCUGGCGUUCUACACGUCGGUGUGUUUCACCUACUUCAACAGCGUCCUCAACCCUGUUGUGUAUUAUUUCUCGAGCCCCGCCUUCAGUGGCUCCUUCAACAAGGUCCUGAAUAAGCUGCUGCGAAGGAAGGAGGAAGAGACAGAUCAGACAGAUCCAUCUCACAAAGAAAUCUCCACCGUUGAUAAAAAUGCAUAAAUCCUUCCUAUUAGAGGGAUAUCCUUCAUUUUAAAUUGUUACAUUAAAGGUAAAGUCCUGGCUACUGAUAAAACUUAUAUUAUUCUAGCGUAUAACUAAUAAGAUGUAGAGGUUUGGCUGUGAUUGUGAACAAAAUUGAACCCACCUAAAAUGGUAAUUAGCAGCUUAGAGCUGUGUACUUGUAUAAGUACAACCCUUGUGUGCAGUGUUUAAAAUUAUUAUGAGCCUUUAACAAUGAAAUGCUCUUCAAUUGCAAGACGACCUGGUC